AUGGUUAUUGAUUUACUAGUAAGAGCGGUUGAGGAAUCAACAAAUGAUCCACAAGUGCCAGUGUGUGCUGCUAACAAUGAAUAUAAUGGUGAUUUGAAUUUAAGGAUACUAUCUGUAUUUAUGAUAUUGAUAUCAUCGGCUAUUGGCAGUUUUGCUCCUCUAAUUUUAUCCAACACCAAAAUGUUCAAUGUACCAUCUUGGUUUUUUUUUAUUGCAAAAUUUUUUGGUUCUGGAGUUAUCAUUGCGACCUCUUUUAUCCAUCUUUUAAGCCCUGCAACUGAUGCAUUAUCAAAUGAUUGCUUAGGUCCAGGUUUUACAGAUUACCCAUGGUCCUUUGCCAUUGCUUUAAUAUCUCUUUUUGUAUUGUUUUUUGUCGAAUUAAUUGUGUAUCAUUAUAUGUCCAAGGCCGACAGACUUCUACAGUCACCUGAUGUACACUACCAUAAGCACAGCAGCAUGAAUAGCCACGGUUGCACUGAUGAUCAAUCAGAUUUAGCAAGUAAAAAGAGCAAAAAUAUUGAAAAAGUAAAUGAAGAUAUAGAAUCAUGUAAUAUAAAUGACAAUCAAGAUGAAAUCAACACCAAUUUCAAUCCAAUGUUAGGAAAGGAUCAUUUUUCACAUAAAGAUACCCAUCAAGACAGAAAUCCAAGCAAUCCACCUUUAAACAAUACUGAUGAAGGUUUUUACAAUCAAUUGGUAGCAGUUUUAUUUUUCGAGUCAGGUAUUGUAUUUCACUCAGUGUUCAUUGGUCUAUCAUUAGCUGUGGCAGGGAGUGAAUUUAAGACCCUAUUUGUCGUAUUGGUUUUCCAUCAAAUGUUUGAAGCAUUAGGUUUAGGUGCACGUCUAGUAGAAGUUGAAUGGAAAAAGGAUAAAAGAUGGAUGCCUUGGUUAUUGGCAUUAGGCUUUUCUCUUUGUACUCCAAUUGCAAUUGCAAUCGGUAUCGGUGUCAGAAAUUCAUGGACUCCUGAAUCAAAAGGCGCACUUAUAACAAAUGGUAUAUUUGAUUCAAUUUCGGCGGGUAUCUUGAUUUAUACAGGUUUAGUAGAAUUAAUUGCCCAUGAAUUUUUGUUUUCGAACCAGUUUAAAAAUCCAAAUGGCUUUAAACAGAUGAUGCUAGCUUACUUCGUUAUGUGCAUUGGUGCUGGUUUGAUGGCAUUGCUUGGGAAGUGGGCAUAA